AUGAAGCCACUGGUUGGCUUUUUCAUAUAUGAAAUGUAAAAAUGUCUGGGUCUGGAUGAAGAAUGCAACUUGUGAUGCUGAAUUUGGAUUCCAAAAAAAUUUGUAUUGCAUGAGCAGCAAAGGCAAUGCAAUUUUGGCUACGCGGAGAGGGCAUUAAUAUUUAUAUUGCUUGACUUCCGGGUUCUGUGAUCACAUACCCCAGACGACAGGUGACGGCGACAGGUGACGCCGAGAGGUGACGGCGACAGGCGAAACGACAGGCGAAAGGAGAGGCCAAGCGACAGGCGAAAGGAGAGGCGAAACGACAGGCGCCGACGACAGGCCAAAAGCGGCAACUUCUCAUGCGGUUCAGCGCCAGCAGCAGCAACAACAAAAAAGCAAAAAGUCAUUCAUUUCCGAGAAGAAAAAAGCAUCUCUGUUAUUUUCAAAAAUAUUCACGCGCAAAAAAUAAUUAAUUUACUCAUAAUAUCCGAAGCGUGAUAGCUUUUUUUUGCGUGUGAAUAGAAAUAAAAGAGCUGCUUUUUUCUUCUCGGAAAUAAGUUAUUUUUUGCGUGUGAAUAAAAAUGAAAGAGCUGCUUUUUUCUUCUCGGAAAUAAAAAGGGCUCUUGGUUUUUUUGUUGCUGCUGCUGGUGCGGAACCGCGUCAAAGAAAUAAAAGCUGGCACUGUUGGCCUGUUGCCGCCGCCUGUCCCUUCGCCUGUCGUUUUGCCUGUCGUUCUGCCUGUCGCCUCACCUGUCGCCACACCUGUCGCCGUCGCCUGUCGCCUCCACAUGUCGCCGCCCCCUGUCGCCUGGGGUGUCUGAUUACAGUUACAGAACCCGGGCGCCUCGUCAGAUUCGUUUUUCCUUCUCAGAAAUAAACCAUAAAGCUGCGACCUCCGCUGCAGCAAAGAAGUUCGAAUUUAUUUCGAGCAUGUUUGCCAUCGCCAUGCGCAAACGCAAAGAGUAACUUUUUGCGCAGCUCUCUAUUUUUCAAAAAUAGAAAAGCCUUCCGGGUUCUGGUAACGCAUACCCUCCGACACACAGGGUGACCGCGACAGGUGGCCGCGAGAGGUGGCCGCGACAUUUGUCUGCGGCAGGUGGCCACGACAGGCAAACACCCUCCCCCCACUAGCGCGCCGCGAACUAAGUCACUAGCUACGCGCGCCGCGCCUGGUGUGAGGCGGGGGGCGGACGUUCCUGGCGAAGAAUUCCUACGCCGCGUCCUGCGGGAGCCAAGGCAGGGGCGUAGAAAUUCCAUACCGCCCUGGAAAAGAAAUCCGGUCCCAAGGUUGCUUUUGCGCAACACAGAUCGGAGAUUUCUUCCCCCGGGCGGUAUGUACUUUCUACGCCGCGUCCUGCGGGCUCCAGGGUAGGGGCGUAGAAACUCCAUACCGCCCCGGAAAAGAAAUCCGGCCCCAAAGUUGCUUUUGCGCAACACAGAUCGGGUAUGUCUUUCCCCGGGCGGUAUGGACUUUCUACGCCGCGCCCUGCGGGAGCCAAGGCAGGGGCGUAGAAAUUCCAUGCCAUCCUGGAAAAGGAGCCCGGUCUCAAAGUUGCUUUUGCGCAACACAGAUCGGAGAUUUUUUUCCCCGGGCGGUUCGUAUGGACUUUCUGCGCCGCGUCCUGCGGGAGCCGAGGCAGGGGCGUAGAAAUUCAAUGCCGCCCUGGAAGAGAAAUCCGGCCCCAAAGUUGCUUCCGCGCAUCGCAACACAGAUCGGAGAUUUCUUUUCCCGGGCCGCGGUAUGGACUUUCUACGCCGCGUCCUGCGGGAGCCAGGGAAGGGGCGUAGAAAUUCCAUACCGCCCUCGAAAAGAAAUCCCGUCCCAGCGUUGCUGCUGCGCAACACAGAUCGGAGAUUUCUUUCCCCGGGUGGUAUGGACUCUCUGCGCCGCGUCCUGCGGGAGCCAGGGAAGGGGCGUAGAAAUUCCAUACCGCCCUGGAAACGAGACCCCGCCCCAAAGUUUCUUUUGCGCAACACAGAUCGGAGAUUUCUUCCCCCGGGCGGUAUGGACUUCCUACGCCGCGUCCUGCGGGAGCCUGCCGCCCGGGGCAGGAGCGUAGAAAUUCCAUACCGUCCCGGGGAAGGAAUCCGGUCCCGAAGUUGCUUGCGCGCAACACAGAUCGGGGAUUUCUUUUCCCGGGCGGUAUGGACUUUCUACGCCGCGCCCUGCGGGAGCCAGGGAAGGGGCGUAGAAAUUCCAUAUCGCCCUGGAAAAGAAAUCCCGUCCCAAAGUUGCUUUUGCGCAACAGAGAUUGAUCGGAGAUUUCUCUCCCCGGGCGGUAUGGGCUUUCUACGCCGCCUCCUGCGGGGGCCGGGGCAGGAGCGUAGAAAUUCCAUAUCGUCCCGGGAAAGGAAUCCGGUCCCGAAGUUGCUUUCGCGCAACACAGAUCGGCGAUGUCUUUUCCCGGGCGGUAUGGACUUUCUACGCCGCGCCCUGCGGGAGCCAGGGAAGGGGCGUAGAAAUUCCAUAUCGCCCUGGAAAAGAAAUCCCGUCCCAAAGUUGCUUUUGCGCAACACAGAUCGGAGAUUUCUUUCCCCGGGCGGUAUGGGCUUCCUACGCCGCCUCCUGCGGGAGCCGGGGCAGGAGCGUAGAAACUCCAUACCGUCCUGGGAAAGGAAUCCGGCCCCGAAGUUGCUUGCGCGCGACACAGAUCGGAGAUUUCUUUUCCCGGGCGGUAUGGACUUUCUACGCCGCGUCCUGCGGGAGCCAGGGAAGGGGCGUAGAAAUUCCAUACCGCCCCGGAAAAGAAAUCCCGUCCCAAAGUUGCUUUUGCGCAACACAGAGCGGAGACUUCUUUCCCCGGGCCGUAUGGACUUUCUACGCCGCGUCCUGCGGGAGCCGGGGCAGGAGCGUAGAAACUCCAUACCAUCCUGGGAAAGGAAUCCGGCCCCGAAGUUGCUUCCGCGCAACACAGAUCGGAGAUUUCUUUUCCCGGGCGGUGUGGACUUUCUACGCCGCGUCCUGCGGGAGCCAGGGAAGGGGCGUAGAACUUCCCUACCGCCCUGGAAAAGAAAUCCCGUCCCAAAGUUGCUUUUGCGCAACACAGAUCGGAGAUUUCUUUCCCCGGGCGGUAUGGACUUUCUACGCCGCGUCCUGCGGGAGCCGGGGCAGGAGCGUAGAAAUUCCAUACCAUCCUGGGAAAGGAAUCCGGCCCCGAAGUUGCUUUCGCGCAACACAGAUCGGAGAUUUCUUUUCCCGGGCGGUAUGGACUUUCUACGCCGCGUCCUGCGGGAGCCAGGGAAGGGGCGUAGAAAUUCCAUACCGCCCUGGAAAAGAAAUCCCGUCCCAAAGUUGCUUUUGCGCAACACAGAUCGGAGAUUUCUUUCCCCGGGCGGUAUGGACUUUCUACGCCGCGUCCUGCGGGAGCCGGGGCAGGAGCGUAGAAAUUCCAUACCGUCCUGGGAAAGGAAUCCGGCCCCGAAGUUGCUUUCGCGCAACACAGAUCGGAGAUUUCUUUUCCCGGGCGGUAUGGACUUUCUACGCCGCGUCCUGCGGGAGCCAGGGAAGGGGCGUAGAAAUUCCAUACCGCCCUGGAAAAGAAAUCCCGUCCCAAAGUUGCUUUUGCGCAACACAGAUCGGAGAUUUCUUUCCCCGGGCGGUAUGGACUUUCUACGCCGCGUCCUGCGGGAGCCGGGGCAGGAGCGUAGAAAUUCCAUACCGUCCUGGGAAAGGAAUCCGGCCCCGAAGUUGCUUUCGCGCAACACAGAUCGGAGAUUUCUUUUCCCGGGCGGUAUGGACUUUCUACGCCGCGUCCUGCGGGAGCCAGGGAAGGGGCGUAGAAAUUCCAUACCGCCCUGGAAAAGAAAUCCCGUCCCAAAGUUGCUUUUGCGCAACACAGAUCGGAGAUUUCUUUCCCCGGGCGGUAUGGACUUUCUACGCCGCGUCCUGCGGGAGCCGGGGCAGGAGCGUAGAAAUUCCAUACCGUCCUGGGAAAGGAAUCCGGCCCCGAAGUUGCUUUCGCGCAACACAGAUCGGAGAUUUCUUUUCCCGGGCGGUAUGGACUUUCUACGCCGCGUCCUGCGGGAGCCAGGGAAGGGGCGUAGAAAUUCCAUACCGCCCUGGAAAAGAAAUCCCGUCCCAAAGUUGCUUUUGCGCAACACAGAUCGGAGAUUUCUUUCCCCGGGCGGUAUGGACUUUCUACGCCGCGUCCUGCGGGAGCCGGGGCAGGAGCGUAGAAAUUCCAUACCGUCCUGGGAAAGGAAUCCGGCCCCGAAGUUGCUUUCGCGCAACACAGAUCGGAGAUUUCUUUUCCCGGGCGGUAUGGACUUUCUACGCCGCGUCCUGCGGGAGCCAGGGAAGGGGCGUAGAAAUUCCAUACCGCCCUGGAAAAGAAAUCCCGUCCCAAAGUUGCUUUUGCGCAACACAGAUCGGAGAUUUCUUUCCCCGGGCGGUAUGGACUUUCUACGCCGCGUCCUGCGGGAGCCGGGGCAGGAGCGUAGAAAUUCCAUACCGUCCUGGGAAAGGAAUCCGGCCCCGAAGUUGCUUUCGCGCAACACAGAUCGGAGAUUUCUUUUCCCGGGCGGUAUGGACUUUCUACGCCGCGUCCUGCGGGAGCCAGGGAAGGGGCGUAGAAAUUCCAUACCGCCCUGGAAAAGAAAUCCCGUCCCAAAGUUGCUUUUGCGCAACACAGAUCGGAGAUUUCUUUCCCCGGGCGGUAUGGACUUUCUACGCCGCGUCCUGCGGGAGCCGGGGCAGGAGCGUAGAAAUUCCAUACCGUCCUGGGAAAGGAAUCCGGCCCCGAAGUUGCUUUCGCGCAACACAGAUCGGAGAUUUCUUUUCCCGGGCGGUAUGGACAUUCCGCGCCGCGUCCUGCGGGAGCCAAGGAAGGGGCGUAGAAAUUCCAUACCGCCCCGGAAAAGAAAUCCGGCCCCGAAGUUGCUUUUGCGCAACACAGAGCAGAGAUUUCUUUCCCCGGGCGGUAUGGACUUUCUACGCCGCGUCCUGCGGGAGCCCAGGCGAGGGUGUAGAAAUUCCGCGCCGCCCCUGGAAAAGAUAUCCCCUCGCAAGGCUGCGAUUGUGGAAUACAGAGCGGACAUUACUUUUUCCGGGCGGUAUGGAAUUUCUACGCCAUCGACUUGGCUCCUGCAGGAGGCGGCGUAGAAAUUCCCUACCAUCCUGAAGACGAAGUCUCCGAUCUGUAUUGCACAAAAGCAAUGCUGCAAUCGAGUUUCAUUUUCAGCGGCGGCUUAGAAAUUCCAUACCGCUAUGAGAGGGAAGUCUCCGACCUGUGAUGCACAAAGGCAGCUUUAACUUUGAGACCGGACUGCUUUUCCCGGGGUGGUUUCGAAUUGCCCGCCCCGCUGCCGAAGGAACACCCUGCGCCCGGUUGUAGCGCUUCGCGCACUAAGCCACUAUGCGCGCGCCUGAUGCGAGGCGAGGCCGAGGGGCGGACACUGUCCGCACUGAUGCCGAACACCCUUCCCCCACUACCGCUUUGCGAACUAAGCCACUGCGCGCGCGCCUGAUGUGAGGCGAGGGCGGACUCUGUCCGCCGCGAUGCCGAGCAAUGUUCUCCCACUCGCGCCACUAGGGAUGCGCACAAGGCCCCAGCGUGGGGACCCUGUCCCCACGCGUGGACCUUGUUUGUCAUGCGGAAUAGGCAUCGCGAAGCCCUCAGAAAAUCUGUGACGCUAGGGCAUGCAUCACAGAUAUCAUGGCCAAUGCAAAACAUGCAUGACAAGUCUCAGAAUCUUCCAGACCCAGACAUUUUUACAUUUGAUAUCAUAAUUUUUUUCACCAUUGUUUUUAAGUUUUUUCAGAACAUUGUAUUUGUUGUUUACCAUUUUUAUUUUUACUCAGUACCUUUUCGAAUUAUGAUUACUUUGUUUAGCGCAGUUGCCUCGAGUACUGGUGUCCUCGAGGAGUAUAUUCUAGUCUCUCGAUUUGAUUGUUGAAAACUAUCCUUGAUGACAGCUAUCAACCGUGGCCAAGCUGAAAUUCUAGGGUCGAGAGGUCUAUCGUUUUAGUAUAAUUUCAAUUUCUUAAGCUUUGACAACCUGUAUCGCGAUUCUGUUUCUAUUCGUGUGCAACGGAUGAAGAUUGGAACACCGAGGUGGUCGCACCCUUCGGCUUCAAAGACAAGUACGUGAAGGGUUGGCUGCAAGUACUAGUGGCGGAUUUUCUUAAUCUUAAAGAAGAAGAGAAAAUUAGAAGCGCAAGAAGCUGGCUGCAAAAUCGCAAAAUCCUCAACAUCGCAACUCUGGCACGAGAAAAUUUUUACCAAAAAAGCGCCUUCGUUACGUUUCGCCUCCUUCUGUUGUAGUCUAUCGGAGGCCAAAAAAUUGAGUUCUGCACAGCACGGUACAAGUCUGAUUACAGGUGAGUCGCGUUCUUACAAUUUUUCGUUUGUCGUAUAUUUGAUGCUUUUGAGCGGAGUUCUUGCUUAUCGCCCUCGUGAUUCCACCAGAAAAAUGAAUCGGAGCAUUUUCCUCUUCUUCGAGAGAGUUUCAGAGUGAUAGUCUGGUCUUCGCAACCAUCGCUCGAAAAAGUGCGGUCGCGCUUAGUGGUUGAACGAGGAGGGAUAGAG